AAAGCAAAAAAGAUUGCUGCACCGCAAUUUCGCAUAUGGUCUCCCACUACACUACUCAGUGUGGCCCUAUGCAGCUUAACUAACGUUGAUCGGACGGGAAACAGUGCUUCCUGCAUGGUAUCCUGCAUGGUAUGGCCGCAACCGGAGUAA